AUGGGAAAAGACAAGAAAGAGGAGGAGGCCGUCUUUCUGAGGAAAAAGAUAACUUUGCUGCGGGCUUUCUCGCUCCUCAUCGGCAGCAUGGUUGGCAGUGGCAUCUUUAUCUCCCCAAAAGGAGUACUGAAAAACUCCGGCAGUGUGGGUUUCUCCCUGGUUGUCUGGUUUGCCUGUGGGCUUCUCUCAAUGUUUGGUGCCUUGUGUUAUGCAGAGCUUGGAACAAGAAUCACCAAGUCUGGAGGACAUUAUAUCUACAUUUUGGAGACAUUAGGGCCUCUGCCAAGUUUCUUGUUUCUGUGGGCAGAGUUUUUUGCUAUCAGGCCUGCCAACAGUGCUGUGGUUUCUUUGGCAUUUGGACGCUACAUGCUGGAGCCAUUUUUUGCCCCCUGUGCAGCCCCUGUGCCUGCUGUGAAGCUUGUGUCUCUCCUGGGGUACUACAUGGUCCUCACCCUCAAUUCCUGGAGCGUCACCUGGAGUGCCCGGCUGCAGAUGGCUCUCUCCAUCGUCAAACUCCUGGCUCUUGCACUCAUCAUUGUGCCAGGGAUGAUGCUGCUGGCUCAGGGCCACACUGAAAACUUCCAGGACGCUUUUGACAGACAGUCGCUUGUUUUGGAUAAGCUGCCCCUGGCUUUUUAUGCAGGCAUGUUCGCAUAUUCAGGCUGGUUUCAGACCAGCUUUGUGCGUGAAGAGUUGGUCAGACCUGAACGAAAUAUCCCCCUGGCUGUCAUCGUGUCUGUGAUCACGGUAAUUGUGGGGUACAUGCUCACCAACAUCUCCUAUUACACGGUCCUGGGAACACAAGAUGUUCUGGCUUCUCCUGCUGUGGCUGUGAGCUUUGUGCAGCGAGCCUUCAAAAGCCUGAUCUCUGUGGUCCCUGUCCUUGUAGCACUGUCCUGCUUUGGAACCAUGAAUGGAGGAAUCUUCACGUUUUCGAGGACUCUGUUUGUGGCUUCCAGGGAAGGACAGUGGCCUCCUCUGUUCUCCAUGAUCCACAUUCGAAGGCAUACACCCCUUCCCGCUGUCAUGUUAAUGUUCCCUUUGGUUACUGCCAUGGUGUGUAUCGGAGAUAUCUACCAUCUAAUGAACUUCUUCAGCUUUUCCCGAUGGCUCUUCAUAGGAUUAGCCACCCUUGGGCUCAUUGUCCAUCGCCACCGUCACCCGGAGCUGCACAGCCCGUUCAAGGUUCCCCUGGUCGUUCCUGUCUCUUUUACCAUCAUCUGCCUCUUCACUGUGGCAAUGUCUUUCUACUCAGACCCUGUGAACAUUAGCAUCGGAUGCACCAUGGUUUUAAGUGGUUUUCCAGUCUACUACCUCAUAAUCCAUAGGCAAAUGUCAAGUCGCUGCCGUAGCCCAUUUUAUUAUCUUACACACAAACUACAGUUACUGCUGGAAGUAGUCCAACAAGAAAUCAAGACGUACUGAGAAAACCAUCAGAACUUACAGGAGAAGAUAAAAUCUACUUAUUCCGUUUCCAAUACCUUUGAUCUUACCAAAAGC